AUGAAAACAAAGGCCAAAUAAAGUCUUUGUGCAUAUUGAAUUGUUAAUGUCAACAGCGUCUUUGGUUUUCAUAUUGAAUGCAGCCCCGUGCAGAACAGAUACUGUACCGAAUACUGUGCAGACGGUGAAGCCAAAGGGCAUCCAUGGAUCCUGCGAUGGUCUGCGUCCGCGAAACAGGAAGUAGACUAGGCUAGAAUCGCAUAAUAACUACUUACGUCAAAGUCGCCACGGUACUGACUGGCAUAACAUAUCACAGGUAUUGCACAAAUGUACAAACUCCAUAUUUCGUCAUCAUAGGCUCAGCGUUACACGUGUUUGGCUCGUGAAUUUUGGUGAACUGUCAGAGAGAUCAGAGUUCUAGGUGGUCGGCCCUCAGGAGCCUGUCCAGGAUCGGGUCGGGCGUGGUCGUGGACGGCUCCGUUCGCUUGAUGCUGGCGCGCUGAGCGGGUGGGGCAGGAUGAGCGGGGCGGCCCUGGGCAUCGAGGUCGUGGUGGUCUUCUUCCUGGCGCUGUUCCUGCUGCAUCGCUAUGGCGAUUUCCGGCGGCAGCAGCUCAUGGUGCUCUUCGGCACGCUGCUGGCCUGGUUCCUGUGCUUCCUCAUCGUCUUCAUCCUCCCGCUGGACGUCAGCACGACCAUUUAUAAGCAAUGCAAGAAGGACCAUGAGCAGCAUGAGGUUGUGACUGCGUCCAAUCAGACCAUGCCCAACUCCCCCGUCUCUCUGACCGAAAGCGUUCAGGAGUGCUACAGGCCGUGGAGCUACAUUCCUGAAGGAAUAAUGCCCGUGUUCUGGAGGGUUGUGUACUGGACCUCACAGUGUCUGACCUGGCUGCUCCUGCCCUUCAUGCAGUCGUACGCUCGCUCCGGCGCGUUCUCCAUCACGGGGAAGAUCAAGACGGCCCUCAUCGAGAACGCCAUCUACUACGGCACCUACCUGCUGGUCUUCGGGUCCCUGCUCAUCUACGUGGCCGUGCACCCGAAGUGGCGUUUGUCCUGGUACGAGCUGCAGACCAUCGGCAUCACGGCGGCCAACACCUGGGGCCUGUUCCUGCUGGUGCUGUUGCUAGGCUACGGCCUGGUGGAGAUCCCGCGCUCGUACUGGAACUCCGCCCGCCCCGGCUACCUGCUGGGCAAGACCUACUUCAAGGCCGCCAAGCUGAUGACCGAGAAGGCGGACGCGGAGGAGAACCUGGAGGACACCAUGGAGGAAGUGAGAAAACUCAGCGAGUCCAUCAAGUACAACAACCCUCUGAGGAAGUGCGUUGAUACAAUUCUGAGAAAGUGUCCGGUGGACUACCAGGAGAAGAUGGGGAGGAAUAUGGACGAUUACGAGGACUACGACGAACGGCGGAGCACUUACCCCAGCGAGAAGAGCUUCGCCAAGCUCCAUAAACAGGUGAUCUAUGCGGUGCAGCGGCACAACCGGACGCAGGUGCAGUGGCGGAUCCUGCUGGAGCAGGCCUUCCACCUGGAGGACGUGGCCCGCAACGAGACCAGCCCCUCCCGCCUGUUUGUGCGCAGUUUCCCCCCCCCGGAGCAGCGCGGCUGGGUCAGCAGGGUGCUCUACCCCCCCACCGUGGAGUGGUACUGGGAGUGUCUCCUGAGGCAGUGGUUCUACCGGGCCCUGGCGGUGGUUCUGAGCCUGUUCUCUGUGGCGGUGGUGUGGUCCGAGUGCACCUUCUUCAGCACCCGGCCCGUCCUCUCCCUCUUCGCCGUCUUCAUCCAGCUGGCCGAGAGAGACUACAACUACCUGUACAUCGAGGUGAGAGACUACAACUACCUGUACAUAGAGAUGGCGUGCUUCGUCACCAUCUUCUUCCUCUGCACCUGCGUGUACUCCACCGUGUUCCGCAUCCGAGUCUUCAACUACUACUACCUGGCCCCCCACCACCAGACCGACGCCUACAGCCUGCAGUUCAGCGGCAUGUUGUUCUGCCGCCUGACUCCGCCCCUCUGCCUGAACUUCCUGGGUCUCAUCCACAUGGAUUCGGCCAUUUCGCACCAGGACAAGGAGCAGACUGCGUACACCUCUAUCAUGGGAUCCAUGAAGGUUCUGUCUUUCAUCGCUGACGGCUUCUACAUUUACUACCCCAUGCUGAUCCUCCUGCUGUGCAUCGCCACCUACUUCAGCCUCGGGACCCGCUGUCUCAACCUGUUGGGGUUCCAGCAGUUUGUGGGUGACAACGAGAUGACCUCCGACCUCAUCGACGAGGGCAAGGAGCUGAUCCGCCGAGAGAAAAGAAAAAAGCAGAGGGUGGAAGAUGGAGAGAAUCGCAGAAGAGACUGGCGGGAGCGCUAUGGGAAUCAUCGGGAGGACUAUCCCACACGGAACCGGAACACCUACUCAGAGCUGACGGAGUCCGGAGAGCCGGAGGCAGCCGGAGCAAACAGACAAGGAAAGUUCUCCCGCCCCAGCGCUCGGCCGGAGAGGGACCGGACGGAGAGGGACUGGACGGAGAGGGACCGGAUGGAGCUCCUGCACGAUGUGGAGCCACUGGAUUUCAGCGGAGACGCCGUCCUGGAAGAGCCCCUGGAGCCCGAAGGUGGAAGACACACAGGUGGGCGGUACCUGUCCAUGACCUCGUCCCACAGCCGAAUCUUCGACGACGUCUGAGCGAGGGAUUGGGCAAGGAGAAGGAGAGGGAGAGAGAAAAGAGGGGGUGUUUACGGUGCCCCCAGCAGUCCUGUGGGGAGCGCAGUGAAGUGUUCAGUGUUAAUUCAGUUCUUACAGAGUUCGUAUAAACCCACCCUGGCCAUAGUGGCCUCAUAUACACUCUGUAAGUGGUGUUAUAACCCUGGACAUUUUCCAGUGAAGACUCUGGUCAGGAGAGUGAGGCUCUCUGGCCUCUGUGAAUGCAGCACAUGACCUCUCUUGUACGUGAGUGAGAUGCACUUUUUACACGCGGACUCCAUUUUAAACAAGUUUCCUCCGGGAGCGUUGAAUAUCACAAAUUCUGCCACUUCAUCGGGUUCAAAUCCGGAAACGUGCUCGUCGUUUUUGUUCUUGUUAUUUCGGUCAUGAGGGACGUCUGUAUCUGAAGUAUUUAUUUAUUUGAAGGGAAAGAAAAGAGUGAGUGUUUAUGAUCCCCUCAUCAAUCCUGCAGGGAUGACUCAGGCCAGAGGAGUGAGGCUCUUUGGUCUGUGAAUGUAGUGCAUUACCUCUCUUAUACACCGUUAGGGUGCACUUUCUUCCCUUAGACUUGAUCUUAAACAAGUUUCCUAUGGGAGCAGUGCAUAUUACACGUUCAUCAUCGGGUUCAAGUCCCAAAACACGUUUGUACUUUUGUUCUUCUAUUGGAGGGUCAUCUGCAUCUGUAUUUUUCCGCCGGCAGGACCUGGAGUUGAGUAGCAGUGGAGCAGGUUAUUCACCAAUCAACUAUGAAUCUUUUUUGUAAAUAUAACGAUAUUGUGAAUUUAUUUUAAAAAAGGGAUUCUUCCUUUGUGUUUUAGUGAGGCUGUCUUCCAGUCUCUGUUUGGCUUGGUGUGAUUCCUGGUAGUGUAUAAUGAGCAUGAGUAUAGUGAAGCCCUUCUGGGGGUUCUUUGCUUUGCUGUUGAGGCGCGGACCCAGUUGCUGCUGGUGUUCUGCAGACCUAACAGGGCAAAGCGCGGGUCGUUCCAUGACCUUUUGACCUUCGGAUUCAUGUCUCUUCCUCGGCCCCUUUCUCCUCGUUUUGUUUUGGCUGGCAUACACAACAUUUGCUUUUAUAAUGGUUUGAGUCAAUAACUGACAGCGUUCGCCUCAGUUCACCCUGAUGAUGAAGGCACGUGUCAUGUGACAUUACACAGCUCAGCAAGUCUUGCUUCAGCCGAGCCUGGGCCUGCUGGGUUCCGUUAGGAGUCCGGAAGGUGCCUUGGUCUGAAAAUGUUUGGAGACUGAAUAGAUCAUGGGUGACAUAUUUCUGUGUGAAAGUCAGACAUUUCUAUCUGAUGCAUGUCACUGAAAUUGUGUGGUCUACUUUUAAUGUGAAAUUGGUGACAAUUUAAGUUUUAUUUGUUCAGUGAAAUUCAAAAUUAAAAGUUAAAUUGAGGGAGAAACUGGCUAACGCUUUCUGAUGACAGUGGAGUGGCAGCUAACUGCAGGUCAUCCAUUCUCAGUGUGCUUUUUUAAAAUUGACGAUCUGUUAUUUUUCAGCUGAAAAUCUCACCCAAGAUGGUUUAAAAUGUUCACCCUAUUUAUGCUGUAACCCAUUUGUGUGGCUUCUUCUUUCAUUGGAACAUUAACUGGUGUUUGGUACCUUUCUCGAAGGCAUAGGUGAGAGAACUUUACCUCGAGGUUAUAUCCAGGUACCUCACUGUUGCGUCGUACUGUAUUUCUUUCUUAUGAGAAUGUCAUCUUCAGUACAAACCCUCCACUUGGACCACGUUUCCAUACAAUAUAUCCUUUUAUGAACUGCACCACAGUCAUAACACUGUUUUGAAAUGCUUUGUCAUUCUGUGUUCGUGUAAUUGUUUGCUGAUAUUGCAUUGGCAUAUAAAGAUUUAAAGUCUACUCUUGGUACAUAUACCGCAUCAUGGUGGACCCCCCACCCCUCCCAUCCACUGAGGUCAGCUCCAUAAACCCACAAUAUCACAAUUACAUUUUGAGGAUGGACUGAGAUUUUUAUUUGAUCAGCCGAAAUGGAAGAUUGCAAGUCAUAUGCACAAAAUUCACACGUAUAUUUCCAAAUUGACACAAUAGUGGUAAAUGGAAUGAAUGUUGAAGAUGCACCUGCUUUUUUUAAUCAUGAAUCUAUUUUAAUAUACAGAACAUAAAGGAUAUUUUAAAUACUUCAGGGAAAUUCACUUUUUGGGUUGAGUACCUUUUGGAUUUUCAGUACCUCAGCAGAAGAAGUGUGAUGUGUCUAAGUAGUCAUCAGUUCAGUCCCUCUCCCUGUACUCACAAGUGAAGGAAAGAGGUUUUGCACAGAUUGUUUUGGUUUUCUUUAUGUGACGUGUACUUUUGAUGAAAUGUGUGAAACUGCCCCUUUGACAGUUUACCGUGAAUGCCAUAUCACUGCAUCUGCACUGUGACCACAGAUUAAAGCAAAAUAUUAACAGAAGCCGAAGACUUUGUGUUUGUGAAGAUUAUUUAGUUUUCUUGGGAGACGUUGAACUCUGAUGUUGGAAUACUGACCACCGGCCUGGCUAUGAUUAUUGGUGAAACUGUGUGAGAACGUGAACAGAAGUGUUUCUGACCUCCAAAAUAAAAACAACUUCUAUUUUAAA